UUUUGAAUUUCUUACACAAGGUGUCACUUGGUUUUAUACAUCAAAAUUUAAAUAUGGCUUCGGCAAUGGAAAUUGACGAUGAAGAAAGUGAUUUGCCAACUUCGAGUAGUAGUAAAGGAGAGAAAAAACGUUUUGAAGUAAAAAAGUGGAAUGCUGUGGCUCUUUGGGCAUGGGAUAUUGUAGUAGAUAACUGCGCGAUCUGCCGUAAUCACAUAAUGGAUUUAUGUAUUGAGUGUCAAGCAAAUCAAGCAUCAGCCACUAGUGAGGAAUGUACUGUAGCCUGGGGUGUAUGCAAUCAUGCAUUCCAUUUCCAUUGCAUCUCGCGUUGGUUGAAGACUCGACAAGUUUGUCCACUUGACAAUCGAGAGUGGGAAUUCCAGAAGUACGGUCAUUAGCUGAGUGUGUCCCACGAACAUCUGCACCCUCCAGAAUGCCAAAGCCGAUGCAAGUUUAAUUACAUAUGUGAAUAAAACACUAAAUAAUGCAUUGUAACAUCAUCAUUGAAAAAAAAUCGGUGGCAUAUCUAUGAACGUUCGUAGCAGCAUUUCGAAUAAGGAAAAUAAAUUACAAAUUUGCUUGAAAUACAAUAUAAUUCGAAUAUUAUUGCAUUACCAGUAUCAAUUUUACAAUGAUACAUAUAUUGAAUUGGAAGCAGGUACUAAAAUUAUGCACUAUUGAAAGUUUCUUAUUUUAUCAGGUAUGCGCAAUAUUGACAAUGUUAGUCUUAAGAUAUAAAUAAAGGAAUAUCAUGAAUUAAAUAAUAAAUAUUUAGUGAACGUA